UUAAACUUUACGAGACACCACAUGGAACCUGAAUAUCUAUUUCCCUUCAACCCUCUACACUGCUACUUUAGCUUCUGCUUCACUAUAUUCACUCUCUAUCGUAGGCUGAACCAUCAUGGCUUCGCCUACUCUUUCUGUAGCCAAACCAGCUCUUCAGGCUAAUGGGAAAGGCUUCUCUGAGUUCUCUGGCCUUCGUAGCACUUCAGUGUACCUUCCCUUUUCAAGAAAAACUUCAGAAGAUCUCCAUUCUGUCAUUGCCUUCCAGACUUCAGCAGUUGGAAGCAGUGGAGGGUACAGGAAAGGUGUAGCAGAAGCAAAGCUGAAAGUUGCCAUAAACGGGUUUGGAAGGAUUGGAAGGAACUUCUUGAGGUGCUGGCAUGGUCGUAAGGACUCUCCUCUUGAUGUCAUUGCUAUCAAUGACACUGGAGGUGUAAAACAAGCCUCUCACCUUCUAAAGUACGAUUCUACACUUGGAAUCUUCGAAGCUGAUGUCAAGCCUGUGGGUACUGAUGGCAUUUCUGUUGAUGGAAAAGUCAUCAAAGUUGUCUCUGACCGCAACCCUGCCAACCUUCCUUGGAAAGACAUGGGGGUGGACUUGGUGAUUGAAGGAACAGGGGUGUUCGUGGACAGAGAGGGUGCAGGGAAGCACAUUCAAGCAGGAGCUAAGAAAGUGCUCAUCACAGCCCCUGGCAAAGGAGACAUUCCCACCUAUGUUGUUGGUGUCAAUGCUGAUGCUUACAGUCCAGAUGAACCCAUCAUCAGCAAUGCUUCUUGCACCACUAACUGCCUUGCCCCCUUUGUCAAAGUCCUUGAUCAGAAAUUCGGUAUCAUCAAGGGUACCAUGACCACCACUCACUCCUACACGGGUGACCAAAGGCUUCUUGAUGCGAGCCACCGUGACUUAAGGCGUGCAAGAGCAGCAGCUCUUAACAUAGUUCCAACUUCAACAGGAGCAGCAAAGGCAGUGGCACUUGUUCUCCCAACCCUCAAAGGGAAACUCAAUGGCAUUGCACUUCGUGUGCCAACACCAAAUGUUUCUGUGGUGGACCUUGUUGUUCAAGUCUCAAAGAAGACCUUUGCUGAAGAAGUUAAUGCAGCUUUCAGAGAGAGUGCAGAGAAAGAACUGAAUGGAAUUCUCUCUGUUUGUGAUGAACCCCUUGUGUCCGUUGACUUUAGGUGCACUGAUGUGUCUUCAACCGUUGACUCAUCGUUGACCAUGGUCAUGGGUGAUGACAUGGUGAAGGUGAUUGCUUGGUAUGACAACGAAUGGGGCUACUCUCAAAGGGUUGUGGAUUUGGCUGACAUUGUUGCCAACAAUUGGAAGUGAGCCAAACAAAAACUUCAAUUUGUUAAAUAUUAUGAACCAUGCCAUUAUAAUUUUGUAUGCUUACUACAGUUCUUGCUUCCCUUUUCUUUUUUCUUUCCAAAACUUGUACUGAGAAAUAGAACCAUCAAUUUUCUCUUGCUUCUCAUUGUGCAAUUGAUACUAGCUAGGCCUUCAAUUUAUCUUCACCUUCCUCAUUCCUACCUAGGAGUUCUUUUUAUCACUUACAAUAUCAUGGAAAGAAAAUUAAACAACUCAAAUUUAUAAAUACGCAAACGAUGAAUAUCAAACACCUGUUUAACAUUUCU